UCCAAGCAACACCACCUAGUAUUAGAUCUUUCAGCGAAGAUGAAGGUUGUGAACAAGUUCAGUAUACAUCUGAAGUCUUAGUAUUAGUACCUCAUCUCAAAAAAUGCCUUUCUACUAUCAAUGAAUUAGCCGUUUAUCCGGAUGAUCCUGAUUGUCGAAAUUCCUAUUUUCCUGAGGUACGUACCAUUUAUUAUAAAUUAUAUCAAGCAGGAUUCUUAAUUCCAGCGGGAUAUUGCAUUAAUGCUUGUAUUGGUGGCCAUGCUACUGGCGGUGAA